AUGACGACGCACAGCUCUGGGACUAUGCCCACGUCCGUGGCUGAUCUCGACAAGCACCUUCCAGGAUUGCCAAACCUCACCUUCGACAUGGGGGAAGAGGAUAGCGGGCUCCCCCCGACUGGUGUCGUCUCACAUGGCGACCCUGCAAGGAUUAUGUCGGGCCCACGAACGCGCAUUCCGCAAUUUCGCCAGUCAAGGAGGUGGGCAAGAAGGCACGGGUGGGCAGAACCCCCGACACCUCCGCCGCAUCCCCUUCGUGCCAAAGACUCGUUCUUGGACGACAAUCCAACGGCAGAUGAUGUUAAAGGCAAGCAACUCUCCAAGCGCGAGAAGUCCUUCGAGCAGCAGCGCGCGGUCCUGAGGAAGACUCACCUUCAGCGCCCUAUCCCCGUCGAGGAGACAAAGCGGCCGACCCGUGGCAGAAGUAUCACUGAGAGCACUAUAGACACUGUGCACAACGGCGCGGUCUGGAAUCGCACCGCCGAGUGUUGGCGGUUCGUGAAACCCACUGUGAGCCAACUUCCUCGCCCAGGAAGACAAGUGUGGCCGCGCAAACGCUCCAUGAGCAGGAAGACGACACCGGCAAAACGACGGGAAGCAGGGCGCGGACCGGCAGCCAUCAUUUCAUUGCCGGUUGGAAUCCGUACCCAGAAUGCGAACUCCGGCAGGCAACGUGAUGACGCUGUGAGCAAGCGAGUCACGUCGACCCCAGCACGUCGAAGGUCCCUAUCCGUUCUCAAGGGGCGGAGUCACCGCCAGAACGAAGGUGCGCGAGGGAACCUUACGAUCUCGCUCAUUCCUUCGCUUCAUGAUCCCUUGAAGGACAGAACAUUUUCAGAUGAAUGUAGGGAGAUGCUGAGAAGUCUGGGCUCCAACAGCGACUGGUUGCUGGCAUCGAGAAGGAGCCUUCUUUGCGAGGGUUGGGAUUUGAUGACACCUGGAAGGGUAGGGAAACGCUUGUCACUACAGUCUCAGCACCGCCGAUCACGUUUGCAGCAAGAUACCAACAACGGCAGUGAAAGCGUUAUUGCUGGACCGGCUCGUGCCUCUGUCAUUUUGCACCACACGGGACCUAUUGCGAAGCCGUCGAGUGCAACCCUCGACGACCUAGCGGGCAUGCAACCCACACAUCAAACCACGACAUCCUGGUCAGUCUCGCAAAGCCCGAAUCGGAAUGUCCGUGCCGCGGCAGACGGCCAGAACCGACCAGAUCAGCAGCAGGAAAAUGUUGCGCCUUCUCUGGGCUUACGUCCUGCGAGGUCGAUAAUGAGCAUUGACACCCUUGCAGGUAUUGAGGCCCAAGUACACGGUGCUUUGCAACCUGAGGUUGACUCAACUCCACCAAAGAAGUCAAUGGAAAGCUCUGUCAGCAAUGCAGUCUACAAAUACAGGGGUCCGCCACCAGAUAUACCCUUACCUGCACUACCACCGGAAGCCCUAGACAAGCAGAGUACUGGGACGAGGAGUUCCGGAGAUGAGGAAAGCUUAAUGCUUCGCCGAGAGAGCUCUGCAACUUCUGUCGAGUAUACGCGUCGGACACUCAGUGGGCCCCGUGCUGAAAAGGUCAGGGCGCGAAGAAUGCGCGACCUUGCCGAUUCACGCAGUCAGUCGGAGAAGUCCAGCAUCCACACUGAGCAGGAGACAGCCUCAAAGCAAAUGCCUGCCAACGCCGUUCUGGAUGAGCUUGACCGAUUCCCCGCUGUUCCGGACUCUUGCUCCGCCAGUAUUGCGAGUAUAUCUGUGCGGUCGGCACUCAAUCAUCAGCAGAGCACACGAAAAAGACCUAUCCAUCAGGUUCGUCGUAUGUCGACAUCCAGCUCAGCUGGCCGUCCUCCGAAGCCAUCUGGUCAGAUUCUCAGCCAGAGCAACAUUUUCGUGGUCGUCGACUCCAACCCAGUCACAGCACUUUUUCGGGCUGGUGCAAUGAGUCCCGCUCCAAGCAUUGGGGGCCACGGCCGUAGCCCCGAGCGGAACACGCUGGAGUGUAUGCAUAAACCCUCCAAGCUGAAGGAUCUCCUCGUCCACAAGAUGGGCUCACUGGAAAGCAUUAGGUCGGAAACGACUUUACGCGAUUCUAAAGGGCAGCAGUCUCUCACUCCUGGACAGCGGCCAGGAUCACGUCCAAGUGGGAACAACAAGCGACCGGCCACAAGUGACAGCAGGCUCCAACACAGUUCCAGUGACGAGCAAGCCCAGACAAACAAAGACCCAACCUCGUCGCACAAAGUACCCAAGAAGUCCAAGAAAAGGCGGAGAUGGAACAGCGACGACAUCAAUCUGAUCAUGCUGCUCAACCAAGACCUCGAGGCGUUUUAUACCAAAAUUCGAGACCAAGAGGAAAUCGUCCGAAAGCAAGAGGAGAAGAUCAAGUGGCAAGCGCACCAGAUUCAGAUGAUGUCUCGAGUGUUUGCGCCAAUGGACCAUGCUCGAGGUGAAAGGGCUACAUCGCUCCUUGCAGAUUCGCCCCAGCUGCCGCCAAUGUCAGGAGAGACUCAAGCACUCGGCGCCAUCGACAGAAACUCCUGGUCCGGAUCGAGAGACUGGCGACAGCCGGAUACCGUCAUUCGAUCCCCGUUGAGUAUCAUCGGAGAGCAAACACUCAACAUCCACGGCCAAAGGAAGCCACUGGGACAGCCUGAUCCGAGCGGAACCACGGCCAUGGCAGAGGUGUUGCUUGCACUAAACGAUGAGAGUGCCCAAGGUGUUCCAAAGGCUGCCGUGAUGCAUGAGCCUACUGCCAAGAGCCACGGCAUCACAGCGACAACGCGGUAUUACAGGUCAUGA